AUAUCUGGGUUAUCUGUCACCAGAGAUGGAUUUUGGAACAUCAAGACCGAGCUCUUUUGACUCUUACCCGUCAAGCCCAGCCUUUGGAUCUACUCCAGCUGCCUCUCCAGGCACGGCCGGAUCAGGGAAUGAUAAAGAACUCCAAGAGUUCCUGAUGAUGGAACAGCAGAAAGCUCAGUUUCAAGCCCAGGUACACAAGCUGAAUGACCUUUGCUGGGAGCGGUGCGUUGACAAGCCGUCCAGCAAGCUCGACUCCCGGCAAGAGAGCUGCUUGGGAAACUGCGUCGACCGCUUCGUCGACGUGUCGCUCACCAUCACCAACCGGUUCGCGCAGCUGGUGCAGAAGCAGCAGGGCUUGUAGAUAAGACACGUGCCUGGAUCCGAAGGGUGGAUCCCGUAUCCCACGGGUUCCAUGUUUAUGGGAUCCCGGGAUCUAUUUUGGCUCCAGGCACAUGUCUGCGUAUAGACAUCGCCCCGGGCCCGCGCAGUCUCGCGAAACCUGUUGUAAAGCGUGGUGCCUGGCUGCGCGGCUCGACGGAAUCGAUCCGCCAUGUCAGUCACCUUAGCCCAUUGUGUGGCGCCGCGAUGUGUGUUGAUUUGUAGCUCUGCUAAUACAUGCGACUGGUACA